UUCCGCUGAAAUCUUUAAGUGAUGUUUUUUUUUGUUGCACAAAAAAUAUAAGUCAUAGAGUGAUUUUAUGUAUAAGAAAGAAGUUGAAGAAAAAUCUUCAUGGAAAUAGUUGAUUAGAAGUGACUAUAAAGAUAUGACACUUAAUUAGAGGCCUAACUCAACCCUAAAAGGAAAAAACUAACUCUUGGAGGUGAGUUGGACUCAUGUGCCAUAUCUUUACAUGGUAUCAGAGUCAUGUUCAUUCUCGUUUGGGCUCCCAGUCCACGCACAAGAUGGGCUUGGACGUGUUGUAAAGAUAUGACAUGUGGGCCUAACUCAACCCAAAAGGCAAAAACUAACUCUUGGGAUGAGUUGGGCUCAUGUGUCAUAUCCUUACAUGGUCUCAGAUGUCAGACCAUGUAAAGAUAUGACACAUGCGCCUAACUCAACCUCAAGAAUUAGUUUGUUAUGAGAGGUUUAUCCAAGUCCAUAUAAGGAGACCGCCAGUCCAUUUCUCAACCGAUGUGGGACUUUUUAUCCACUCUAACACCCCUUUCACACCAAUUUAAAAUUCACAAAUUUAUUUUAAAAAAAGUCAAAAGAAAGAGUUAUCAAUACAAAAAAAAUUUCAUCUUCUAACCAUAAUUAAUAUUUUAAUGGUCACUAAAUAUGUAUUAGUAUUCUUUAUAAAUGUCUCUAAUGUCUACUGCAACUUCUUUUUUUUUUGUAGAAAUUGAGCUUUGUUCAUUGAAUAUUUAAUGAGAAAUUACAAUAUUUAGAGCUUAUGAACAGUUACAGAGAUAUCUAAUGCACCUAACAACUGAUCCAUAGACAUCCAUAGUAGUGACAGUCUUCCUCCUGGAAUGCUGAGUGUAGGUGACGGAAUCACGAAUCACAUUCUCCAAAAAGAUCUUCAAUACUCCACGGGUCGAUCUCCUCAUAGAUGAGACAAGAGAUACGCUUCACACCACCCCUACGAGCAAGCCUGUGAAUAGCUGGCUUAGUGAUUCCCUGGAUGUUGUCUCUUAGAACCUUCUUGUGCCUCUUGGCUCCUCCCUUUCCCAAUCCCUUACCUCGUUUUCCAUGACCAGACAUUUUCACGGAGAAAUUUGAAGAAGAUGAAGUUUAUAGGGUUUUGAAAUUGGGUGUCAAUUGUAACAUUGAAUCUAAUGACAAUUAAUUAAUAUCGGUAAAGACUCUAACACUCUUCGUUAAUGUGCAUAUUUAUUGUCGAUAAUUUUUUUUAUAAUUUAUUUUGGGCAUCCGUUAGUUUCAAGAAAACAAAACUCAGUAUCUUGUUAUGCCCAUAAAUAAGAGAAUUAUUUUCCUUUAAGCGACAUUUAGAAAAUUAAUUAUUGCUGUUGAAUAUAAUAUAAGACAAUUAUUUUAUUGGCGCAAAGUAAUCAUCGUAAAAUCCUUUAUUUGUUGUUCUGCAGUACUUAAUAAUUUCACUGAAGAGUGAGUGGGUGUUGUAAAAUCGGUUUAUUGGGAGGUUUUCUUUUCUAAAAACUUGAAACAUCCGAUUAAAAUGAAUGAAUUUCGACCAAGUUUAUUUCAAUAAGCUUUGGCUUUGCUGUAAGAACACAUCGUAGGUGUGAAAUUAAUCUCUUUGCCCAAAAUUCUCUAGUUUUUAUUCUUGAUUAUAUAUAUGUAUAUGUGUGUGUUUGAAUACUUAUGUUUAUCAUGUAGGAUUCAUCCAAAAGCUUUCUUUGACUGUGCUUAGCUUUGUGAUCAUCAGGUUCUGCCCCAGUUAUGCUGGCAAUUUACAGUGAUAUUCUUUAACAUGCUUUGUGUUUAUGAAAAUUAAUUUUUAGAUUACGGAAAAAGGAAUAUCUUUUUUGGAUUUGUUUUUUUUGAUUUAUUUUCACGGUUCUAUAAAUCUUUCCUUUUCUUGGUCUGCUUUGACAUGCUAAUCCUUUGGCCAAGGAUCUAUCGAAAAUAAUUUAUACAAAAAAAGUAAGAUAUAUUAUGGCUUCCUUUUUUGGUUUGCUGUCAUGGUUAUGUAAAUCUUUCCUUUUUGGAUCUUCUUUGAUAACUAAUGGUCUAUCAUAAAAUAGUUCUUUACCUAUCCUAUCACACCUCACUAGUGGGACUACACAGGGUAUGCUCUUCGAUUUUUUUUUGGUUCUGUAAAUAUUUCCUUUUUUGAUUUUAUUUUAUUUUAUUUCUUUGAGUCGAGGGUCUAUCGGGAAUAGUCCCUCUACCUCCGAAGGUAAGUGUCGUGAGGUUUUUGUAGACUCUACCUUCCCCAAACCUCACUUGUGGGAUUACAUAAAGUUUAUCUGCUUUGAUAGGCUUUUCUUUGAGCCGAGAGUCUAUUUAAAAAUAACCGAUCUCUAACUCCCAAGGUAGGGGUAAGGUUUACGUACACUAUACCAUACCCAGAAUUCACUUAUGGAAUUAACAUUGAAUAUGUUGUUGUUUUGAGGUAGAUUUUGAAGAGAUGAAUAUCAUGAGAUCCGUCUUGUUUCUGUGUUUUACUUAUGAGAGAAAAAUUGAGUCAACAUUUUUUCAGUGAUACUUCUUUAUAAUGCUUUCUGUUGUUGAAAGUUAAUGUAUAGAGAUUUGAGUGUUUCUCAAAAAAAAAAAAAAGUUGUAAGGUUUUGCUUUUGAUUUGUUGUCUUGGACAUAAUUUUUCAUUCCACAUCCACUAAUUCUACAUAGUUAGAUUGCGUGACAAGGGAAUAUGGGUUUUUCCUUUUCGAUUUGCUAUUUCAAGUUGUAUAAAUGAAACAAGAAGAUACCGGGGAGGCUUUAUUGAUAGUAUCAUCAUAAUGAUUGACUUACUCUUGGAUUCUGCAGUAGAUUAUGAAGGAAUACGAAAUGUCACUUUCCUAUUUAAUAUUGCUUACAUUCGUCUUGUUAAAUUUCUACUUUUUUCAGGUGAGAAAGUUGUUCAGGUAUUACUCUAGAAUAAUGUUCGGCAUGAAAGUUGUUCAAAUAAAUAGUUUUCUUCUUUGUAGUUUUCUUUCUAAUUCUAAAACCUUCCGUCCAUUAGAAAAAGUAAAGAACGAUCAUUCUUUCCUAAUAUGCUUCGUAUCUCUGGGAACUAAUGUGGGUAGUAUAUCAUUUAGUAUCUUCAUGUUUGUUCGUUUUACCAUUCACUUAUUACUUCUCUUAGUAUCCAUAGUUGAUUUUAAAAGAAUACAUGUCUUGCUGCGCUUGCUUUUUUUGUUUACUAAAUGUCAGAAGUUUCAAAAGUCUUUUUUUAGAUAUUUGAUAUUUAUGGUUGCUUUUGUCGUAUAUUGACAUUCAUCUGUUUUCUAAAUCCUCUUCAAGUACUUUCCUUAUUUAUGCUUGAUCUUUCCUUGUAGAUCUAAAAGAAAAAGAGCACCGACCGGACAUGCAAUAGCUGCUUCUGGCGUCUGGACAAGGGAGGAGGACAAAAUCUUUGAGAAUAUCCUUGCGAUAUACUUUAACAAUAACAAUCUACUCAUGAAGAUGGAAGAAGCACCUCCUGGUGAUGAGACCAAGGAUCACUAUAAUUUACUCUUAGAAGAUAUCAAUGCCAUCGAUUUUGGAGGCACUCCAUUACCUACUUUGGUGAUGGCGUAUGCCGCAGUUUAGACCCUCGCCGUUGAUGAUGAAAGCACUUUUGAUCUGCAUGAUCAGAUGUUCUGAUUUGCUGCACUUGUUUUCAACAGAUGUUUAACUUUGAAACUAUUUCCUUAUGAAAAGCUUGACAUUUUUGGCAAUAACAUUAUCAAAGUACAAUAAACACCAUUUUAUUCUCAUGCAUUUUAAUUACAAGUUCACAUUAAUUGGUCUAAACUUUUUAGGGAAACCACAAACAAAAAAUUGGUAUUUACGUUUCAUCAUCAUUUUAUCACGUCAACGCAAAUGUAAGGAGCUAACUAGUGUAAGUUCAUAUAUAUUGUUAUGUGAUGUUCAAUUUCACUUCGUAUAUUUUCUUCGUUUAGAUCACAGUAUUUUAUUUUAUUUUUGGAGGUUAGGUAUCGCGUUCAUUUGUUGUGUGAACUUGAUACAUUAUUUGGUUUAUAAUGACCAAUGCAACAUAUUAUCUUUGAGAGAAGAUCAAUCCACAAUUUUGACUAAUAUGGUGUAAUAGUUGUUCAAUGCAUAACUUAUAACUAUUUUUAGAUGUUUAGUAUUUCAAAUACACGUGCAACAUAUGUAUCCAGAGCUAGUUUUUAAAAAUAUUUAGAAGAGUAAUGAACCGUCACUCUUUUUUGUAUUUUUUUUUUUUUGUAAUUGGGUUGGUUUGCUUAGACGCAUACAAUUUUUUUCCAAUUCAUUAACUUUUGUAUUUCUGAAAAUUUUCAAAUAACCGUGAAUUUUUAUUACUGGAUAUCAAUACCCCUCAUAAAACCCGAGAUAGCACAAACAUGAGAAAUUUAAGGAAAGGACUAAAGAGAAAAGUAUUAAUGGCAUCUUGACUAUUUUUUUACUUUGUUUUGACUUUUUUUUUUUGGUUAGUGUAGCUUGUUUUAAGAUUUUUCUUAUUUUGAUGAAUUUUUGGAACUUAGAUUACUACAAUUUCAAUCUUCUAUUAAAUAGUACAUGCCCUCUUUUUCUUUUUUCCUCUUCCAUUUACUUUCAUUGUUGUCAAAGCAUUUCGGUACUUGAUUCACAUCGAGGUUAGUGUUGAUCUCUACUUUUACAUGAGUUUUUGCGAAGAAAAAAAAAUCUUUCGUGGUGUGAACCUCCGUACAUUGUAUAUCUUUCUUAUGUUGUGUUUUGCGGCUUUAGAUUUUGAUUUCGAUUAGAUCUAACCAAAACUUGUUAUAGAUCUUUAUGUUUCGAUACAAUUAGAUCUUCCGUUUUGAUUUACAUAAAAAUGGUAUAUAUAAGGAAUGGAUGUUGAAUGAAUAUGAACUAGGUUUACUUAUCAAGACUCUAAGGUCUUAAAAGCUUCAUUUCUUGUAUUUGAUUCAUAUCCAUGAAUUAAAAAAAAAUAGUGUACUUUUUAAGGAUUCGACACAGAUGUGACAAUACUUUUAAUUGUUCGAGCAACGUAGGGAAGAAUUGUGAUUGAAAUGGAUGAAAAACUUACUAUUUCUCUUUGCACCUCAGAUGGAGAGUUACAAUUCUAAUGGAGCUAUGAAUGGUGACGGAAGCUCCAAUGCUCCGAUUUCUGAUAAUCGAGAGGGGGUGACAAACGUGAUCAAUCCAAAUGUUCCAGAAAAUGAAGGUGGUGAAGUGCGAGAUAGCGAAGUUGAUAGGAGGAAUUUUCUUUAUCAAGAAGUUGUUGAAAGGGCCAUAUCGGAAUUAGAAGAGCAUGCUCGUGCUGGAUUUAGAGCAAUACCUCCUCUGUUAAACAUUAAUUUGCAUGUAUAUGAGGCGGCCAAUUCAACUUUUUCUGAGCCGAAGGACAAAUGUUCCGUAUGUUUGGAGGAGUUUUGUGACAAAGAAGAACUUGCUCGGAUCGACUGUGGACAUAUGUACCACAUUGAUUGUCUAAAAAAGUGGAAUUUGGUUGUGAACACUUGCCCCAUCUGCAGAAGGAGAGUGGCGGUUAUUUGCCAUUUUACAUUGAAAAUCCGUGCAUACCUUGAUCGCUUGGCUGCAGCUAAUCAGCUUAGUUCGGGCUCAGUGAACUGAUUUUGUUGGCAUAUUUCUGCAUCAAGUUGUUUUGGCAAACCUCAAGAAAGUUUAGUGAAACUUGAAAAUUAGGAACCAGAAAAACAACUGUGUUUUUGUUUUUCUGGUUGAUAAGUUUAAUGCAUUUUUCUUGCUUUUUUUUUUCCGAAGCUAAACAUAAUUAAGUACUUAUGUUGCAUGUUUUGAAUGACUGGUAUCUGGCAUAUUUGUUUCUUUAUUGAUAUUUCUUGCAGAUUUUGUCGCUACUUCAUUUAGUUCUUGAUAUAGUUACUUGUCAUAAUGUCGAGUUUGCUAUGUGCACGGGAUUGUUUCCCUAUCUUUCUAAUAUGAAUAAGCAUUAUUGUUUAUGUAUUAACAACAUAAUACAUACACACAUGGAAGCAAAAUUUUCCGCAACUCUUUUUGGAUACCUCUUUAUACGGCAUUGCUUCAUUUUGGAUUUAAUAUAAUUGCUUGAUUUAUUAUUUUAAUUUUCCGAUCUGUGUGCUUUCUAUAUGAAUACAUGUUAAGGUCUAUGUUUGUAAGUACAUGAUUAUAAGCGUGUAGUAUCUAGUAGGCGAUGUAUUCUCUCAUCCCAAAAUAUUUCAAAUGAUAAUGUCCAAAAAAACCACUUCAGUACUAUGAACUAGUAAAUAAUAAUGUCCAAAAACCGCGAUAAUGGUAACAUGAGUCUGAAGGUGCUGCUAUUUUCUGUAUGUUACAGAUUACAAGUGGUUGAGGAUGAACAAACUUGAUUGCGCUUUGAGCUGCAAACUAAAUAAUUCCAAAAUAUAUUGUUCUUGUGAUGGAUUAGUUCUUGUAGUUUAUUCUAAUUUACUCGAAUAGACACAUUUUGCUAUUUGAACCCCGAAACAAGAGAAUCAAUAGUACUUCCCCAUCCAGACUUUCCACUGUUACAUUGUGUACGCGGAUUUGGAUAUAGCUAGUGAUGACUAUAAGAUCCUAGCAAUUAGUCAUAAUAUUUCAAUUGAAAUUCUCGUGCUAAAAAGUGAUUCCUGGAGAAGAAUAUAUUGACGUUCACUAUAUGUUAGAUGUUUUAGGGAUUAUAUAUGGUAUGGAUUUUUUGCAUUUGUACAUGGAGCAUUUCAGGAUAUUAUACUAUCGUUUUAUUUAAUAUUUCAAAUGAGGUGUAUGGAGAGAUAUUGUUUUUCGAGCAUAUGUUUGAUAUUGAUAUACACGCCUGCCUACUGCUUCAUGCAUGGCUGUGGUGCUUCAGACUUUCAGUAUUGGAAGGACUGCUUUGGUUUUUAUUGUAUAUCUAAUAAUAUGUCGGCUUAAGUCGUGGAUAAUGAAAGACUCUGGUGAUUGGUGUCGAGGAUUAAUCUUGGACUGUAUUGAUUACGAUACAAGAUACCAAUCUUUUUUUUAUUCCACAAAACCGAAAUAUACGUUUGCAGAUGGUGAAGUGCUACUAAUCAGUAAACAUGUUGGAUGAGUUAAUUCUGCAUUGAUGACAUCUAGAGAACCAUCUGGAUUAUGUCCCGGAAGUUAAACUGCUAAGGAAAGAAUUGCUUAUACAGAGAGCUUGAUCUCGCCUAAAUUAAUUACUUAGUAUUUGCCAUAUGGGGAAGGUGCAGGCUUGGGGUCUGGUAUUUGCAGCUCAUGUAAAUUAUAUUGGUGCCUAAAGCAACAAGAGGGGAUCUGGUACUUGCAGACUACCUUUGCCAUAUUUUUUGUGAUAAAAUAUCAUUUUUUACAUUGAAAAAGAAUAUUACUUUUUUGAAAUACUCAAUCAUGACUAAAAGUCCCCUUAAUUUUUUUUAUUUUUUUUUGGAUAGGGUGUUCUAAUAACACUUGCGAUAAAUGAUUUCUCUUUUGAAAAAAGAAGAAGAGAGAAGAUGCUUGGAGAUGGAGUAUGAUGAUUCCAAUACAAGAACAAGGGCGACCUUCAAAAUUGCAACGACAAAUAUAUGUCAGUUGUUAAGCUACAGUAUGAGAGUUAAGGAUUUGAGAUUGAAGAGGAUCAUAACUAUUUCGAGAACUAGUCCGGAUUUAUGCCAAGACACUUCACAACUGAAGUCAUUCAUCUCGUAAGAAAACUAGUGGAGAAGUAUAGGGAAAGGAAGAUGAACUUAUGCAUGGUGUUCAUCGAUCUAAAAAAAAUACGACAAAGUUCUAAGGGAGGUUCUUGGAGGCUAGAGGGUAUAGGUGAUGUAGACUAGCUAGUACAUUAAGGACAUAUACUGUGGAAUCAAGACUAGUUAGAAUGGUGGAAGGAGACUCAGAGCACUUUUCUAUGUCGAUGAGGUUGCACUAGGGAUUAACCUUUAGCCCGUUUUAUUUGCAUUGGUGAUGGAUAUAUAUUAUUGUGGUAAAUUCAAGGUGAUGUGUCAUAGACCACAAAGGAGUUAAUGUUGAUUGGAGGUUUGGAGAUAAAUCUUGGCGUUUACAGGAUUUAGGUUAAGAAUGAACCAAAACUAAAUACUAAGAAUGCAAGUUCUCUUAGGUAACACAUGAAGCUGACGUGGAGGUAGGGCUUGAUACAUAAGUCAUCCGAAAAAGAGGUAGUUUCAAAUAUGUUGGGUCUACUAUCCAAGAAAUGGAGAAAUAGAUGAUGAUAUUAUUCAUUGUAUUGAUGCAGGGUGGAUAAAAUGAAGGUUUUUGCAUUCGGAGUUUUGUACGAUAAGAAAGUAUCACCUAAACUCAAAGGCGGAUUGAUAGCAAUGGUCCUACUAGUAGGUAGGAGUGUAUUGUCUUGUUACCCAUACUAGUAAUCGUAGUGCUACACUUCUAGUCUCUUAUUCUUCGAUUUUUGUUGAUAUUUGUCUUUGUUCCAGUGCUUUUCUGCUACUUCCAUUAUAUUUUUUUUCUAGUACGUAUUUAUCUUGAGUCGUUGGUCUGUCUAAAAUGGUUGUUUUACCUCACUACCAUACUUUUUAUAAUACACUAGGUAAGUUCUUGUUGUUGUUUAGAUUAAAAUAAAUUUAUUACAACCAAAUUUUGAGAAAACAAAAAGUUUCCUCUUAAGACAAAAAAUACUUCGUGAGUGAAUGGUCAAAACCAAACCUCAAGUAUCUCUCGUUUUUUAGUUUCAUACCUAAAUUAUUAAUAUACAAGUUCUCUACAUAAACACACCUCAACCAUCAAUUCUUCAUUUUUUUUACCUGAACAAUACCUCCUCUGUUAAUUAUUAAUUUGCAUAUAUGUGAGGCGAUCAAUUCAACUUGUUCUGAGACGAAGAAGGACAAUUGCUCCAUCUGUUUGGUAAGGGCCACCUAGUUUCGCAGCUCAUUCUAGUAUUUUUGUACACCCUAAAGUUCGAUUGACCAACUUUUUUUUUCUUUUUUUGGAUUAUGUGUGUUGUAGGAGGAGUUUUGAGACAAAGAAGAACUUGCUCGGAUCGACUGUGGACAUAUGUACCACAAGGAUUGUCUAAAAAACUGGAACAUGAUUGUGAAUACUUGCCCCAUCUGCAGAAGGAGAGUGGCGGUUAUUAGCCAUUUUACAUUGAAAAUCCGUGCAUACCUUGAUCGCUUGGCUGCAGCUAAUCAGCUUAGUUCGGGCUCAGUGAACUUAUUUCGUUGGCAUAUUUCUGCAUCAAGUUGUUUUGGCAAACCUCAAGAAAGUUUAGUGAAACUUGAAAAUUAGGAACCAGAAAAACAACUGUGUUUUCGUUUUUCUGGUUGAUAAGUUUAAUGCAUUUUUCUUGAUUUUUUUUUUCCGAAGCUAAACAUAGUUAAGUACUCAUGUUGCAUGUUUUGAAUGACUGAUAUCCGAUAUAUUAGGUUUUUAUUGAUAUUUCUUGCAGAUUUUGAAUACCUCCUUAAUCGUCGCUACUUCAUUUAAUUUAGUUCUUGAUAUAGUUAUGGUAAGGAUUAUUUUGCAUUUGUUCACGGAGCAUUGCAGGAUAUUAUACUAUCCGUUUCAUUUGAUAUUUCAAAUGAGGUGUAAAGAGAUAUUGUUGUUCGAGCAAAUGUUUGAUGUUGAUAUAUUUUACUCCGCCUGCUGCUUCAUUUUGCUUUUAUUGCAUAUCUAAUAAUAUGCAGGUUUAAGUUGUGGAUAAUGAAAGAUUAUGGUGUCGGGGAAUCUUGGACUUAGAUGGACUACAAUACAAGAUACAAAUCUUUUUUUAUUGGAUGUGUUAGUUCUGCAUUGAUGACAUCUAGAGAACCGUUAAGGAAGGAAUUGCUUAUACAGAAAGCUUAAUAUCGCCUAAAUUAAUUACUUUACGAGUGAUCAUGACAAGUAGAAAUUUGCAUAUGGGGAAGGUGCAGGCUGGGGAUCUGGUAUUUGCAGCUCAUGUAAAUUAUAUUGGUGCUCAGAGCAACAAGAGGAUGUAAAUUGAAGCCAUCAACUUGUAGACUUC